GGAUUCAGCUGAGGAGGCAGAGCUAUAAAAACCCUUGGAGAGGAGAAGAAUGAGUGGCCAGUCUGUGGGACCACAGUACCAUAUUGUCGGCCAACACUGCCCAGGUACCAGUAUGGAGAAUUCCUCGUACUCGCAGCCUUCAAUGCUGACCCUCAGUUUUGGGCAACUGAGGGAAAUUAAGUAUUUCUACAGCACUUUGGUUUUACUUUGUUUCAUGAUAAUAGUUGUGUCCAACAGUGCGGUGAUCAGUGCCAUAGCGAUGCACAGGAGCUUGCAGGAACCGAUGUUCAUCUUCAUUGCCUUUCUGUGUAUCAAUGGACUCUACGGGAGCAUGAUGUUUUUCCCUUUUCUCUUUGUAAACCUUCUUUCCAAAACCCAAGUCAUUUCCUAUGUUGGUUGUAUAAUACAGGUGUUCGGCAUUCACACGUACAUAAGCUGUGAGAUGACCAUUUUGGCGGUUAUGGCGCUUGACCGCUACGUGUGCAUCUGCAACCCUCUGAGAUACAGCAGCAUCAUGUCCUUAGCCACAGUGUUCAAGCUGAUUGGGGCAGCCUGGCUGUAUGUGAUCGUCCUGAUUGCUAUCCUUGUGUUACUGACCAUCCGCCUGCCCUUGUGCGGCUCCGUCAUACAGAAGAUCUACUGUGACAACAUAUCAGUGGUGAAGCUCUCCUGUACGGACACAACAGCCAACAAUGUAUUUGGCCUGCUUAUUACAGCUGCUAUUAUUGGCUUAAUGCCGGUACUUACCUUGAUGUCCUAUGCUCAGAUUCUGAGGGUGUGCAUGCAGGCAUCUAAGGCUUUCCAAGCCAAAGCCUUGCAGACUUGCACCCCGCAUCUCAUAACUCUCACCUAUUUUGUAGCCGACGUACUUUUUGAGCUACUGAUGCCUCGUUUUCCAAGCACCACGUUACCCUACGAGCUGAGGGUCUUCAUGUCAGUGCAUUCAUUUGUCAUAGCCCCCAUUCUUCACCCCCUCAUCUAUGGCUGGAAGCUGAGAGAGAUCAGAAUCAGAGUGUUUCAGAUGUUUGGUGCAAAGCCAAUUGCAGAUUUAGAGAAUAAUCUCUGA